AUGGUCUUCCAAAUAAUUACUACUACUUCUUUUCUGUUGCUUUUCUUGCUCAAUUCCUCAUUUUCUUUUGGACAAGAGGAAUUUUCCAUUGGAGAUAGAAUUGGCGCAAACAAAUCCAUUAUUAUGGGUGUUACUAUUGUCUCGUCGAGUGAAAACUUUGAGCUGGGUUUCUUCACACCAGAUAACGGCAGUUAUUACAUUGGCAUAUGGUACAAAAACAUAAGCCCGCAAACAAUCGUUUGGGUAGCAAAUAGGGAAAAGAAACUUUCUUUUCCUGAAAUGGCUAAUGCAGAAUUCACAGUUAGGAAUGGAAACUUAGUUCUCUUGAAUGGGUUCCGACAACCAAUAUGGAGAACAAAUAUCAAGUACUACACGAAGCCUGAUUCCGUCAUAGCUGUUCUUGGUAAUGACGGAAAUUUUGUAUUGAGAGACGGGUCGAAUUCAACAUCUCCGCUACUCUGGCAAAGUUUCGACAACCCUAGCAAUACUUAUAUGCCUGGUUCGAAGCUUAGUUAUAACAAGCAUACGAAAGCCAUGCAAUACAUUACAUCUUGGAGGAGUUUAGAAGAUCCUAGUCCAGGUCCUUACACUGUUGAGAUUAAUCCAACAAAUGGCCAGAUUAGGGCAAUGUGGAAUAGAACUGAGGAAUACUGGAACAGUGGUACUUGGGAUGGAGAUAGAUUUAGUAAUGUGCCAUAUAACAUUCCCAACACAACAGUUAACUAUACGUAUAUCAACAAUGAUAAUGAGGUUUAUUAUGCGCAUACUUUCUUUAGUCCUUUAGUCACAUCAAGAUUUGUUAUUGAUGUCACGGGGGUAAUGAAGCAAUUCACAUGGUUGGAUAGCUCUCAUCAAUGGAAUGUAAUUUUUCUUCAACCAACACAACCCUGUGAUGUAUAUGCUUAUUGUGGAGCAUUUGGUACUUGUAAUCCCAUCUCAAGUUCGGUAUGCAGUUGUUUCCCUGGUUUCGUUCCCAGAUUAGACACGGAUUGGCAUUUGGAUAUUUUUUCUCAAGGUUGUGUUAGGGAAACAAAUUUGAGCUGCGGUAAUUCUAGUGCUCCCUUUAGGGAUAGGUUUUGGAUGAUGUCCGAUGUGACAUUACCAAAACACUAUCAUACAGUUAAAGCUACAAGAGCAGAAUGUGAAUCUACUUGUUUCAAAAAUUGUUCUUGUACUGCUUAUGCUUAUGACGGCGUUGAAUGUUUAACUUGGACUAAAGAGCUCCUAAAUCUGCAACAACUGUCUCAAGAUGAUCAAAGAGGAAGAAACCUGUUUAUCAAACUUGCUGCUUCUGAUUUUCCAAGUGACCAAGCAUUGAACCGUAAGCAAUCAACGGCAAGGCUCAAAGUCACGAUCAUUCUUGCAACAGCAUUUGUGACAAUUCUAUUAGCAUGCUGCGCCUUUACCUACUUUUAUUGUAGAAGAAGGAUGGCAAAUAGAAAAGGCCAAAGGAAUCUUUUGGAUCAUUUGAAGAGUAGAGUAAACCCUAACGAUUUGACUAAUGAAGAUGAUGACAAUACAUUGGAUGUUCGAUGUUUUAGUUUUGAAAGCAUAUUAGCUGCUACAGAUCAAUUCUCAGAGGCAAACAUGCUGGGCCGAGGAGGGUUUGGUCCCGUUUAUAAGGGUAAAUUUCUAGGAGGAAGAGAGAUUGCGGUUAAAAGAUUAUCAACUCAAUCUCGACAAGGCAUAGAAGAAUUUACGAAUGAAGUGUUAUUGAUCGCGAGAGUUCAACACAGGAAUCUAGUUAGACUUUUGGGCUAUUGUGUAAAGGGAAAUGAAAAGAUUGUACUUUACGAGUACAUGUUAAAUAAGAGUUUGGACACCUUCAUAUUUGAUCAACAAAAUCGCACAUUGCUGGACUGGAGAAAACGAUUUGACAUUAUACUUGGAAUUGCCCGUGGAAUGUCUUAUCUACACCAUGAUUCAAGGCUGACGAUCAUUCAUAGAGAUCUUAAAACUAGUAAUAUUUUGCUAGACGAAGAAAUGGACCCUAAGAUUUCGGACUUUGGCUUAGCAAGGAUUGUUCAAGGAGAUUUUACACAAGCAAAUACGAAAAAAAUUGUCGGAACCUAUGGCUAUAUGUCUCCGGAAUAUGCGUUGAAUGGAUCGUUCUCAACCAAGUCAGACGUUUUUAGUUUUGGAGUAAUUAUACUUGAAAUUCUAAGCGGCAGAAGAAACACCGGAUUUUACCAAUGCGACGAGGCAAGGAACCUCAUCGAAUAUGCUUGGGGACUGUGGAAUGAAGAGAGGGCAAUCAAUUUGGUGGAUGAAUCGCUACUUGAAACAUGUAACAUAGAUGAAGCAAUAAAAUGCAUUAACAUUGGUCUCUUAUGCGUACAAGAAAACCCUUGUGGGCGUCCAAGUAUGUCCAAUGUCAUAGUAAUGCUUGGGGGUGAAAGCAUGAUUCUUCCAAGACCUAAUCAUCCAGCUUUUGUGGCAAGAACUACUAUUUCUAGUGAAUCUAUAACUUCCUCUACCAAGAAUGGGCUAACUAUUACAAUUGAACAAGGUCGAUAA